AUGUCUAACAUGGUUGAGGUUAGGGUUCCAAAUCUUGAUUGUGAAGGUUGUGCUUCAAAAUUAAAGAAAGCUCUCUUUAAACUCAAAGGAGUAGAUGAUGUGGAAGUUGAAAUGGAGGCACAAAAGAUAACAGUGAGAGGAUAUGGUUUAGAAGAGAAAAAAGUAUUGAAAGCAAUAAAACGUACUGGAAAAACAGCAGAACCGUGGCCAUUUCUUCCAGGACAUGCACAUUUUGCUUCAUUUUAUAAGUAUCCAAGUUACAUUGUUAAUCAUUAUUACAAUGAUGCAUACAAAAGUGAAGCAACUAAUGGAGUUCAUACUUUUUUUCACACACCUUCUGUAUAUUCAGUUGCUGUUGGUUCUGAUGAGGUUUUUGCUUCAAUGUUUAGUGAUGAUAAUCCUCAUGCUUGUACUAUAAUGUAA